CCUGCUGGGUGUCGUGCAUUUAAAGCCUGCGGUGUGCCAUCACAGCGUUACUCUACACCUUGUAUUAGGCGGUAGGAACAUGACUUCAUUCACCAUGCUGUUUGUUCUGGCGAUUAUUUCGCUCUACGCUUCUGCAGUUUUGGCAGACAGCAGAUGCCAUAGUUACAGACGCGGUGCCACAUGUCAGAAUGAUGACCUAUUCUGUAGUGGUAGAUACGUCAGUGGAAAGUGCUACGGCGGUGCCAAUAGGAGAUGUUGCCUACCCGGAUCUGGUGACAGACGCUGCACCAGACAGAGGGGCACCUGUAAGUACGACUCCAACUCAUGCAGUGGUUCUUAUAGGUCCGGGCUGUGUGCUGGACCAUCCGCCAGACGUUGUUGCCUUCCUUCAUCCUCAUCAUCUACAGGAGGUGGUAGAGGGACUGUUGACUACAGAGGUUACACUGUGUCUGAUGCUGAUGUCAGAAGCAAGCUUCAGGAAAUAGCCAACUUGUAUGGCAAGCGAGUCUAUUUAUUCAGUGGCGACCGACCAAGACAAUCCAACACCAAGUCACAUCAUUAUGUAAGCCGAGCUGCUGACUUCUGGAUCGACGGAGAGAGUUCUGGGCGGGCUAUCUGGAACAGACUGAAAUCAAGCGGCAUCCUGGCCAGGGACUACCAGGUAAUCUGGCACGGUACUCGCACAUGUACUGGAGGCCAGCACAUCCACAUAGGUCGUUAUGGGGACAACAGGAGCACGUGCUGGGUCAUAGAGGGAACCUCGUCCAGCAAUAAGUGCGAGUAUGAUUGUCAGUGAUGCCCAAGGCCCAAGACAUCAAAGACGUCAGCUGUCAGUAAAGGCAGAUGACAAUGACAAAAAAGAACGGUUUUGUAUAAUUCCCAGCAUUUUUAAUACAAACUUUUGGAUAUGUGUGAUGUUAUUCAGAAAUAAAAAGAAUGCAGUGGAUUUCACAUUGAUA